AUGGACACAACAACGAUACCCACUCCUCUCGUUGAGUCCAAUGAUAUUUCGACAGAAGCCAAGCAUGAAAAUGGAAAUGAGUCCGAGUCUGCUUUCCCGCAGGCUGAACCGUUGGUAAAGAUGGAAGAACCGCCGCAGAAAAAACUAAAGACCGAAGAGGAAACGCCAAUUGAAGAGGAUAUUCCAAAGUUUGAUGGACCCCCAGUACACGAGAUGGUGGGAGGCUCAUCUGUCAGAAAAUACUUGAACCAAUACGUAACUCCACACCUUUUAGAAGGCCUCAAACAAGUGGCGAAGGACAAACCAGAGGACCCUCUCUACGAACUCGGCCAAUUCCUCAUCAAUAGGUCAGCUGAACUAAAGAAAGCGAAGUAA